CUAUGACCAUGAGACUAUUUGUUGCCUUUUUUCGCCAGGGGUCUACACAGAGGGGCAGUUAGCUUGUUUUAUUUUUUUCGUUUAUUUCCGACAGAUACUACUUAGAACGGCCCAAAAGCAUUAUUGGUCUUAAACUUUUUAAAAAUGGCAAGAAAUGUUGAAAUCAAAGCACGUCUGAAAAAUCUAGACGUUCUUGAAAAAGUUGCACUGUUAGCAGGUAACGAAGGGAAAGUAUUUCCACAAGUGGACCAUUACUUUAAUUCGCCUAAUGGUAGGUUAAAGUUAAGAUUCAGCGGGGAAUCAUCUUCUGAAUUGGUAUUUUACAAUAGAAGUGACAGUGUUGGGCCAAAACUGUCUAAAUAUAAUAAAAUAUUUAUUGAUGAUGGGAGUGCCAUGUUGCAAUUAUUAACGAAUGCGUUAGGCAAACGAGGAGUAGUUUCUAAAAAAAGACACCUGUUUAUGAUUGGUAACACCAGGGUCCACAUUGAUGAUGUUGACAAUUUGGGAAAUUUUAUUGAAUUUGAGGUAAUUUUGAAAGAUGAUCAAACAAUGGACAGUGGAGUGCAAGUUGCUGAACAGCUUAUGGAAGAACUAAAUAUUGAAAAGGAAAAUUUAAUUUCUUGUUCCUACAUCGAUCUUUGUACAAAUUUGUAAUACUGCAGUGUUUUAUUAACGAUAAAAAUAAAUGUUGUUGGUGGAAUUAA